AUGCGAACAUUUUCGGUUUUUUGGUUAGCUCGCGUGCUCAUGUUUAUAGCGGCAGGACAGCUCCUUGACUGUACCGCUAUAGACCCUUUUAACUGUUCUAAUAUAAAAGUUGGAAAAAUGAUUUUUGAUCUUAGUACAUUAAACAGAGAAUGGCCGAAAAGCAUAAUCGAAAAUCAAUCUGAGGGAGUAAUGAACAUAACAUAUCGUAUAAAUAUUUGUGAGCCGUUAUCUUACAACGAAACACUAGGAAAAAAUAAAACAUGUGAAAAUGGCACUAAUAUUUGUGCAAUUAAGACAUUCAAAAAAUAUGAUAGUGAUGGUGACCCGGUGAUUAUUGAUGUUAGACAGAUUGUCAAAAAUUCAAAUUUUCAACCAAUUUCUAUAUUCUCUGAAGUCAACAGCGAAAUUCUAUUUAAUACAACAGAGACUCUCGAAAUCAAAUUAGGCGGAGGUGAAUAUUUAAAAGAAAAACAGAAAGCAAAUAUAACUUUUUUCCUUGGUCAACCCGCCGAUCUUGAGCCUGAUGUACUGGAAUACAAGGAUAGUACAUUGCUUAUAGAAUGGAAGAUUAGUGCUAUUGGGGGAUGGGUCAUGGAGUCUCCUUUCGAUAUUUAUGUUCGUGAUAUUUAUUAG